AUGGAAAUUCUAGUUAUAGUUUUGAACGGUGCUUUGCUGAUUAUCUUGACCACGUCAUAUUCGCUUCGUAUCUCGACAUUCCACGUCUACGUCGUUAACGUCACCUUGGCCAACUUUUUACAUGCCAUUCUCGUUGACCCGUUCAGCAUUAUCACCGACAUUCACGGCGGAGUCUGGAUCUUUUCGUACGCUGUUUGCUCCUUCUACCAGUUUUCCUUAUGGAUCCUGAGUGCCGCCAUGCAGAACGCGCACGCCCUCAUUACACUGAACCGGCUGUGGGCCAUUAUAUUUCCUAUACAUUACCGGCAAACUCACCGCCGAACCACCGCUGUACUCCUAUGUAUUGGAAUGUGGAUUUGCAUUCUGAUUAUUCUCUUACCAGGCAUGAUUCCCGAUGCAACGUACUACCGGCUGCUAAUGGACAGAGACGUGUGCCGGGUCAACAGCGCCGGUCAAGUGGACUGGUCAAUCACCAGUCAUUUUCUCGCUUACGGUUUGGCGGAGUUUAUUAUUGUCAUUGCCUAUCCGUUUAUUGUUUACGCUCACUGUCGGCGGAAGAAAACGACCGGCACGAGUGCACCCACAACGCGAGCGCUGCCAUCGGCAACGGCAGCCGGACAGCUUCCAUCGCAAAAUAAAACUCGCUCUUCGAAACGGCUGCAUAUUUUGACUUUAUUGACCGUGUCGGUGUUCAUCUGCUGGACACCCGGCUCGGUUGUGUAUUCGAUUCUCCCGUUCAGGAAUAUUGAUAUACCGUUAUUUGCGGAUUUGUUGUUUGCCUUUCAAGCCGCACUGGACCCGGUUUUGUUUAUGGUCACCCUGCCAGAGCUGCGGCAGUCUGCACGGCGUCUGUGUUGCAGAGGGAGCGUGCAUCCAGGCGCAUAG